GAGCGUCGUGUUAUGCGCACUUGGCGUGAGCGUGUUCGAGGGGGGGGACUUUCUUCUUAUCCUCCACAAUUUCCUCGACAGUUUCAAACCUUGCUCCAUCUUUCAUGGUCUACAAUGCAUCUUCGGGACCGAGAAGAACGUGUCAAAGACCUUGUUAUGGCCGCAAGAUAUGAAAAACAGCGUGUGGAGACAACUCCGGAGGCAAUGCUGCCACCAAUGCCCAAUUUAUCUGAUCUGCGUCCAUAUCCUAGUACAUUGGGUCUUACCUAUAAUGGCCACAUUGGUCGCGUUACAUGUCUUAGCAUAUCUCCAUGCGGCCAGUGGUUGGCCAGCAUCUCUCCUGUUGAUGGUUGCCUUCGCAUCUGGGAAACAGAAACUAACUAUUGCUUUCGGUGUUAUCGCUUACUUCCUGGAAAUCUCCGCGCCUUAAGACAAGCCAAUGAAUGGCGUUCGGUUGUCCUAGGAAAGCAGAAGAGGAAAUGUGAGAAAGUCCAGAAGAUUAAUGAAAAUAGUCAAGAUGACCUUCAGGAAGUACCACAACAAGGAGCUGAAAGUGAUGAUGAAUCUGGUUGGACCUACCAUCGACCUAAUGCUCUGGUUGCUUGGAAUCCUAACCCAGAUAUCCACUUGGUUGCAGCAGCCAUGUUAGUAUUAAUGAUAUAUUGA